AUGCUGCGCCUCGGCCCCUUCGCCGCCGCCGCCCGCUGCCUGCCGGCACGGCCCCGCCUCGGGCCGCUGUGCCUCGCUGGCAACCGCGGCAGCUUCGCCCGGUCCUGGCUGCCGGCCGGUGACCGCGGAGCCCUGUACCGGCAGGUGCGGGCGGCGGCGGCGGGCGGCGAGCGGCUGCCGGUGCUGAAGACACCCAAGGGCACCCGUGACCACGCACCGGCGCAGGCGGCGCUCCGUGAGCGGCUCCUGAGCGCCGUGGUGUCCUGCUUCAAGCGGCACGGGGCGGCCGCCAUCGACACCCCCGUGCUGGAGCUGCGGGAGACGCUGGUGGGGAAAUACGGGGAGGGAGCGAAGCUCAUCUACGAGCUGAAGGACCAGGGAGGGGAGCUGCUGGCCCUGCGCUACGACCUCACCGUGCCCUUUGCUCGCUACCUGGCCAUGAACAAGAUCACCAAGAUGAAGCGUUACCACGUGGCCAAGGUGUACAGGAGGGACAACCCGGCCACCACGCGCGGCCGCUACCGCGAGUUCUACCAGUGCGACUUUGACAUUGCCGGGCAGUUUGACCCCAUGAUUCCCGACGCCGAGUGCCUGAAGAUCGUGCACGAGAUCCUCAGUGACCUGCAGCUGGGGGACUUUGUCAUCAAGGUCAACGACCGUAGGAUUUUGAAUGGUGUGUUUGAUGUCUGUGGUGUUCCAGAGAGCCAGUUCAUCCCUGCCUGCUGCACCAUAGACAAGCUGGACAAGAUACCAUGGGAAGAAGUGAGGAGUGAGAUGGUGGGAGAGAAGGGGCUCUCUCCUGAGGCUGCCGAUCGCAUUGGGGAGUAUGUCCAGCUCCACGGUGGGCUGGACCUGAUCGAGCAGCUUCUCCAGGACCCAAAGCUAUCCCAGAACAAGGUGGCCAAGGAAGGGCUGGGGGACAUGAAGCUGCUGUUUGAGUACCUGACCCUGUUUGGCAUCACGGGGAAGAUCUCCUUCGACCUGAGCCUGGCGCGGGGCCUGGACUAUUACACGGGGGUGAUCUUUGAGGCUGUGCUGCUGCAGCAGGACCACGAGCACCUGGAGGAGCCGCUCAGCGUGGGCAGCGUGGCCGGAGGCGGCCGCUAUGACGGGCUGGUGGGCACGUUUGAUGCCAAGGGCCGCAAGGUGCCCUGCGUGGGGGUCAGCAUCGGCAUCGAGCGCAUCUUCUCCAUCCUGGAGCAGAGACUGGAGGCUUCUGGGGAGAAACUUCGAACAACUGAGACCCAAGUGCUGGUGGCUACACCUCAGAAACACCUUCUUGCUGCCAGAAUGAAGCUCAUCUCUGAGCUGUGGGAUGCAGGGAUCAAGGCAGAGAUGCUGUACAAGAAGGAUCCCAAAUUGCUGAAGCAGCUGCAGUACUGUGAGGACACAGGGAUCCCCCUUGCUGCCAUUGUGGGAGAGCAGGAGCUGGCAGAUGGAGUUGUCAAGCUGCGAGAUGUUGCAACAAGAAAGGAGGUUGAUAUCCCCAGAGAAAAGCUAAUUGAUGAGAUCAGGAGAAGGCUGGAGCCCUGAGGACGUCUCUGGCUGGAGCUGCUUGGCAGAACUGCAUGGCUGGAACCCUGCAGCGUCCUCAGCCCCUCCCUGCCUGCCGGGUCUGGGGACAUCCCCUGGCCUAAGGCUCAUUGCCUCGGCUCAGGCAGUGAGAACUGAGGAGUAAGACGGUUUUAACAGCUAUGGACGGUGCAGUCACCAGGUUAACCUUCUGGUUAGCUGCUCUGAAGGUCAAGUUUGUGGGUUCCUAAUCCUGCAGUCCCUGUUUGGCCAUUUCCGUCACUGGAGGUGGUGGUGGCACUGAUGGAUGCGGUGAAGCUCAAGUAUAGGAUCAGGUGGAACUCGAGAUUUGGGAGGGGGAAUCCGUGGUGUGUUGGGGACCUGCCAGCUCAGGAAGGGGGCAGUGGAAGGGACCCUCGACCCUGUUCGGGCAGCGGGGCCGGUCCCGACCCGGACCCGCGGCCGAUCCCA